GAUAACGACCGCUGACACUACUACUCACUCUUUGAGAGAGAGAGAGAGAGAAAGGACCAGCUCCUCCUCCUCCUCCAGCCACCAGCCAUAAUAAAAACGCCUUUUGCCCUUUCUUUAUUCUCUCAUUCUUCUUCUUCUUCUUCCAUUUUUCACAUUUUCUUUUGAUUCUUUUCUUUCUUACGGACUGUGGUGUUAUAGCUGUGAGAGAUCCAAGUAAGUGGGUGGGAGGGAAGUUACCAAUCUUGAUGUUGUUAUUGUGAAGUUAUGAGGAGUGUUCAUCAUAAUAACAAUAGUGUUGACACGGUUAACGCCGCUGCUUCCGCCAUCGUCUCCGCCGACUCUCGUGUUCAACCAUCCUCCUCUGUCCUGCAUAAGAAAAAAUGGGGAAGCUGGUGGAGUUUGUACUGGUGUUUUGGAUCCAAGAAGAACUAUAAGCGGAUAGGCCACGCACCCGAACCAGCUGCAUCAGGAGUUGCCGUGCCUCCAGUCCAAAACUCUUCUAGCAAUUCAACUUCAAUAUUCAUGCCCUUUAUAGCUCCUCCUUCAUCUCCUGUAUCGUCCUUACCAUCAGGUCCUCCAUCCGUGUUACACACUCCUCAUCCUGGUCUACUUUGUUCCCUAACCGUCAACGAACCGCCUUCAGCCUUUGCUAUUGGACCUUACGCUCAUGAGACUCAACCCGUUACUCCUCCAGUGUUCUCUGCUUUCACAACUGAACCAUCCACCGCGCCUUUCACGCCACCUCCAGAAUCACCUUCUUCUCCUGAAGUGCCCUUUGCUCAGUUGCUUACAUCUUCACUUGAACGUGCUAGGAGGAACAGUAGUGGGGGAAUGAAUCAGAAGUUUUCAGCGGCACAUUACGAGUUUAAGUCUCAUCAAGUGUAUCCUGGAAGUCCUGGUGGUAAUCUAAUCUCCCCUGGCUCAGGUACAUCUUCUCCUUACCCAGGGAAAUGCUCCAUCGUUGCGUUUCGUAUCGGUGAACCUCCAAAGUUUCUCGGUUUUGAGCACUUCACAGCGCGUAAAUGGGGAUCAAGAUUCGGUUCUGGAUCAAUCACACCUGCUGGUCAAGGUUCAAGGUUGGGUUCAGGUGCUCUAACUCCUGAUAAUGGUGGUGGAGGACUAGGCUCAAAGCUUGCUUCUGGUGCUCUCAUACCACUUGAAGGCAGCCUUUCGGAUAGUCAGAUAUCUGAGGUUGCGUCUUUAGCCAAUUCGGACCACGGGUCGUCGUCGUCAAGGCAUAAUGAUGAAGCUGUGGUGGUUGCUCACAGAGUUUCUUUCGAGUUGACUGGUGAAGACGUUGCACGUUGUCUUGCAAGCAAGCUAAACCGAUCCGGUUCACAUGAAAAAGCGAGCGGGGAACACUUAAGACCACCAAACGGAUGUAAAACGACGGGAGAAACAGAGAGUGAACAGAGGCAGAAACUAAGAACGUUUUCCUUAGGCUCGAGCAAAGAAUUCAAGUUUGACAACACUGAAGAAGAGACGACAGAGAAAGUUAGAUCAGAGUGGUGGGCCAAUGAGAAGGUCGCCGGAAAAGGUGAUCAUAGUCCAGCAAACAGUUGGACUUUCUUCCCGGUGUAACGGUCUGGAUUCACUUGACAUAUUUUACCCAAACAAAAAAAAAAGAACCUUUUUAUCUUCUUCAUUACCUCUAACAUGGGAAGCAAAUUCAGUGAUAUGGUUAGAGAUUGGGGUCUAACAACUAUACAUAUAUAGCUUUGCAUUGUAGGUGUCUUUGUUCUCUCUUUGUACUGAUAAUCAUAUAAAAUAGUCUUGACUCUUCAUGAUAUAGACAACAACAAAAUUGUAUUCUUUCUUUGUCGUGAUAAAAUAUAUAACCAUAAUUCUUCUU